UGACCCUGAGUUGGUGUGAUCCUUGAAUCGGAGACUUAGCAAGCGUGCCCGUAGAUUCUUGACUUGGCCUAUGACGAAGUGUAAUUCAACUGGACAUAGAUCGCCGGCUUCAUCAUCGUCCAAGGAGGAGGACCUACCGAUCCAACUACUUAUGUGUCUUUGAGCACCAGUCGCAUGGGAAGAUUCGAUUCGUUUUGGAACAUGAAAAGCCCCACAUUUGCAGGCAUGGCUUACACCACCCAGUAUUUCCCAGCCGAGUGUUCACACCACUCGUCGUUCGUCCACCGAUGGAAAGAAGCCCCACUCUCCACUUCGUGUGCUCUCCAUUGCCUGCUCUGGGUUAGAGAGGUUCAGGAAGGUUGGCCAUCAUCUCUAUCUCUUGAGUGAUCCAAAUCUUCAAAUCUUAUGCAAUUGGUUCGAUGACGAAAGUGAGAAAACGGCUAGGUUAAUUAAGACAACAGAGUUGCCAAAUAGGAUCGUCUCAAUUUGCGUCCAACGGUUACUUGGCGCCGGCGUGGAAAGCUGGGUCAUCCGAUCAACCAGGCUGCCGACGCCGCAAGAUCCAAGAAGAGGCCGAGCGAAGGCAAUGCCAUUGACCAGCAAAAGAGACGAUAGAUACGAUCCAACCCGCCGAUACAUACCACUGAUAACCACCCUUGACCAACAACUAUAUUAUUAGCUAGGAACCAUGGACGACGACAACAACUUCUUCGCUGUAGCCCCACCUGCCGAUGGUGCUCCUGAAGCAGGCGAUGCCCCCAUUGUGCUAGGCGAGGCUCCUCCUCCAGUCGAUGGCGGCGGUGACUUUUUCGGCGCUCCCCCAGCCGAUGAGGCUCCAGCCCCUGGAUCGUUCAUUGGAGACGUCAACGAAACCGACAAUGCCUUUGCAGCUGCACCCGUCGACGAUGCCUUUGCGGCUCCUCCUGCUGAUGACGCCUUUGGAGGCGAUGCCUUUGGCGGUGGAGAUGCCUUUGCAGCACCACCCACCGAAGACGCCCCCAUCAUUUUGGGAGGACCUCCUCCAGAGACAACAGGAGAACCAGAGGAAGAAGCCGAGCCAGCCGAACCCACAGGGCCGUCGCCCAUGCAAAAGUGGAACGACGAGUGGCAGGAAACGCUAAAAACCCGCAAGGACGAGGAAACUGCCAAGAAGGCCGAACUGUUGGAAGCAGCGCGACUUGCCUUGGAGAACUUUCAGAAAGAACGGGAAAUCAAACGCGAGGCAAAGAUGUCCAAAAAUCGAGAAGAUGAACAGCAAAAGUUGGAAGCCAUUGAAGCCGAUUUGGAAAAUGACAAUAGCUGGCAACGGGUCUGCAAGAUGGUCGAAUUAUCCCACGAUUCCACCGAAAAGGCAGAGGAUGUCAAGCGUAUGCGAGAUGCCCUGAUUUACUUGAAAAAUGACACGGCACGAGCUGAAGUGCUAGGAUCGUAGAGAUUGAGAGAGAAAGGAACGUGAUCUCCAUCCAUCCCUAAUUUGGGAUACGAAACAAUAAAUAAAUCGAGGUGACUGACGGUUUGAGUCAAAAUCAUCCAAUGGCCAUUGGAACGGAAGAAGCAAAACACAAAUGGACUGGAAGAAAACGAUUACUGACUGUUAGAGCUGUAGUGCGGGGAUUAAUCUUAGAAAGUGCCCUUGUGUCAUGU